UAGAAAGUUUGCGUUUUUACUAGUGACAGGGUUCUGAAUGUGGGAAUGGAAGCAAGAAUGAAGAAGUACCGGCAAGUGAGUCCUGAGAGGGCGAAAGUGUGGACGGAGAAGUCCCCAAAGUACCAUCAGAACCGAAAGGUGCCGGUGAUUUACUAUCUUUGUCGGAACAGGCAACUUGAGCACCCUCAUUUCAUGGAGGUUCCACUUUCAUCCCCUGAUGGGUUAUACUUGAGAGAUGUUAUUGAAAGACUUAAUGCUUUGAGAGGUAGAGGCAUGGCUUCCUUGUAUUCAUGGUCUUGUAAAAGAAGCUACAAGAACGGAUUUGUGUGGCAUGAUCUCUUUGAAGAUGAUCUAAUUCUACCUGCACAUGGAAAUGAGUAUGUCCUCAAAGGUUCGGAGUUAUUUUACGAAUCGAAUUCAGAUCGUUUCAGCCCCAUUAGCAAUGUCAAAAUACAUAGCCUGAAGCAGUUACCAGAGCCAGUUUCUUGUAGGAGCCAUGAUGAAGCUUCCACCUCUUCUAGCAUGAAUGGGAAAGAGACAAGAAACUCCCAAGAAGAUGAACUUUCCCCAGAACAACAUACUGGUUCCUCUGAUGUUUCUCCAGAUUCUAGGGAUGGAAAGAGUGGUUCUCUAAGCUUACCAUUGACACAGUGCAAAAUCUACAAGACUGAUGGAUUGGCAGAUGCUUCAACUCAGACAGAAGAAAAUGUUAGCAGACCCAAAACCCAGAAAACUUGUACCAGGGGUGUAUCAACAGAAGAUAGGUCAUUAGAACCUGAAUGUCAUGAAAUAUGUGAAAUACAAGUGCCACAAGUGAAAGAUAAUCAAGAAAUCUGUAGGGAUACUAUUUCUCCUCCUAUCUCAACUUCUGCUCCAUCAUCUUCUGGAGGGAACACUGAAACUUUGGAAUCCCUUAUUAGAGCUGACGUGAGUAAAAUGAACAGCUUUAGGACCCCGGAAGAUUAUGGCAUUCGAAUGCAAACCAAUACAAGGAUGAAGGCCUCAAAUCUUCUGAUGCAACUGAUCUCUUGUGGGUCUAUGUCAGUGAAAAACCAUAGUGUUGGCCUUAUUCCUUCCUACAAGGCUAGGUUUCCUUAUUCAAAAUUCCCAUCCCCAUUGUUCUCAACUUCUGUUAUGUUGAGGGAAAUUGAUUGCAUAGCAGAGAAUCCAAAGGUGAUGGGCCUCAGAUUGGAAGACAAAGAAUAUUUUAGUGGGAGCAUAGUUGAGUCUAAAAUACUGAUGGAAGAAGAUGGACCUAAUGUUCUGAAAAGCUCUUCUUCAUUCAAUGCUGAGAGGACAUGUAAAGAGUUGAAGUUUCAAGGCAUAGAGGAAUCAUCAUCCUCCGGAAAUUCAAAAUGCAUUCCACUGUCACUUAAGGCUUCAUUGACCAAGCAGCCAACCAGGGAAUCCAUGAGAUCUCCUGUAUCUGAUGGAUCAAGAAACUCCAUGGAUAGAAUUGAUGGCUCAUGCAUAUCCCCAGUAACAUCUAACGGUAGCAGCAAAAGAAUCACUGAACCUUCAUCAGGGAAAAAGCAUUCUAAGAGGAUAGACUCAUUUAGAGAAGAGGAGAAGGUGUUCAAGAUUGAAGAAAGUUAAGUGAUGAUUUUAUCUUUGUUUCAACUGAUGUUCUUAAAAAAUGUUAAAAGGGUAUGUCCUUUCACUUUUCUUUCAUUGAUUAACAAGUUUGAUUUUAACUCAACAGGCUUGCUUCAGGAGCUCGGGUUAUAAUCCAAUCUAAACAAUUUUGCGACACAGAAUCUAACAACUCUUAAAAAAAAUUAUGUUUCAGAGAUUAGGCAACUAGCAAAACUGCUAGUUUUCAGCUUCUGUUUGAAUGCAACAAUGUAACAUGAUGGUAUAUAUCUAUGUGGUUUCACGUGACAUUUCUGUAAAUCUACAAAUGUUAUGACAGAUUACUCACUUCAAAGGGGGGCUAAUAGUGCAGGUGUGGUCCCAAUGAUCCAUUACUCUUCCUGUAAAUCUAAUGUUCUGGUUAUAGGGGACUGCUAACUGAAAUGAAAUGA